AUGGAUUUUAAGCGUAAGUGCGGGGUUAAAGUUUUCGUGUCUACGUGUUCGAUUCAGGUAAGUGAAUCUUAGGUAUCACUAUUUCCAUUAUAACUUUUGAAUUAAAUUUGUGCAGAAGACAUUGCAUAUAUUGUAGGCUCAGUUUAGACUAAGGGUAUUUUAAUACAGUUAUUUCUUAUUUCGUUAUUUAUUUAUUUCUGUUUUCAAAAUUUAAAUGGUAAAAGAUAUCUAUCUUGCCUUGGAGCUGCACUGGUUUGCCGCGUGUAAGCCGGGCUCGCCCAUUGGCCAAUGUCCAACUUGAAAUUCAGUCGUAGCUGGUCGUCGUGACUUUCCUGCUGAAACAUCUUCUCUCUCGCCUGUUUAACUGCAGAUUAACAUGCCAGCAAAUCAAGCAACUCUGAACAGACUUGAAGUCGUUUUGGCUCGACUGGAAACAGUAGCAGUAAAGCUUGGGAUCGAUAGUCCCGCUAAAAGAGGGCAUACACAAAGCUCCGCGGAUAUCCUGUCUUUGGUGGAGCGACUAGAAGCCGCGGCAGAUAAAAUUGAAGAGCAGUCUUCAGGUGGCGUAGGUAAAUGUAUUUCACGUCAGAAUAUCGUGUUAUUUUCAAAUUGGAAUUUGUAAUCUUGUCAUGAGUGUAAAAAUUGUCGACUUAAAAUUUAUUUUUCUUGUUAGGGUCUGGAAAAAUUGUCGAAUUCUACGAUGAGGUGGGCGCAGUUUAAAGUUUAUUUGAUAGUAUGUCGAGUCUGCAUCUUUGCCAGCUUCAUUCAUUGAUUUAUACCAAUUACAUACUUCACAGAUUGUUUUUCUUACUCUUUUUUAGUUCCUUGGAGGGAAGCUAAAAACAUUUUUUAAGUUAUCAGAUGAGUUGGGAGGCGAUGUAAAAUCUCAGGUACAUGAAGAAUUCUCUUUUCAAUAAGAAGACAUUGCGUGACAUCAUGUUUUACGCUAAAUUAUAAAUAUUGUUGAUUUCAUUUUCCACGUUUAGGUAGACUUGGUCAAGAAACUCUUCCAAGCGCAAAGAGAAUUUUUAGGCAAAGCUUCAAGCACAAAAAUGCCUCCUAACGUAAGAAAAGUUUUUCUACUAUUUUGUGUUAAGAUAUAAAUUUCUAUAUUUAAGAAAUAAACAGAAGCAUUAGCACACAUGUUAGUGCUUGGAUUUUUAAAUUGUUAAUUUUUCUCAGCGACUGCGAUUGGCUCUUUUAAUCUAAGGACUUGUCACGCGAUAUCCUAACUGGAGUUUAAAGCCAUUUCCGGUUACUUGCUUUAAUCUUUUAGCACUAUUGAUUUCCAAACCUUGAAGGAAAAAAGAAAGAGAGAAAAACCCAUAAGCUUUGGUGAUCAAUGAAAACAGCUAAUUGCACACGCGCGAACGAAAAUCGAGCGAAACUGUAGAAGAGCGGUCCUUGUCAUCAAAACCUAAAACACAAACUCUUCAAUAUGGCAAGCUUAUUCAAGCCCCGCCAAGACCGGUACAUAUGUCAGUUUUGUUUGUUUUAGUUAAUAACGCUUGAUUUCCUUUUCGAUAUGCGCUCAUAAACAGAGCCGGGAGUUUCCAUUUUCGCGGAAAAUGAGCGUGCCCUAAAAUGUAUCUAAAGAUAAACCGGUCCGUGAAAACGGCGUGACUUAGGCCUAGUUUGGGAGUUGGUCGCUCUGGGUUAUGGGCUCCUGAAAAAAUGAGAAUGCUAUGAGGAUGCAGAUAUUUUAAGACACUAUUGAACAGUGAAAAAUAGCCAAUCAGGCUUUGGGGAUGAGUUAGUGACUUUAGUGAGCGAGUGAAAACAAAAAAAAUAGCCUGAUAAUGAGGAGAGUAAUAGAAUGGUUUCUGCAGUUCAGAAGAGCUUCAGACCCUGGGGGAAACUAAUUUCUACUCUAGACGAUAACUUCAAUAUUUCGUUAAAAUGCGGUAUAAUUCACAGGACAAGAUUGCAGCAAUGAUACAGCCCACUGUGCAGCUUAGACAAGAAGUAGAGGUGAGAAAAAUUUAAAGUUUCGAAAAUUCUUCAUGAGUACAACAAGUUUAGUAACUAGACUUGCUAGACCGUCCCAAUUCCGCAUCAAGAAAUCAAUGAAUGAGAGAAUCGAAAAGAAGGACUUGUUCGCUUUAUUUACAAACCUUACGUGAUAUAAUCAAGAGAGAAUGCCCAGGUAGGUGGACAGUCUCCCAGAAACCUAAGACAACAGGGGUUGAAAGGAAGGGGCAACUGAAUAAUUUUCUGCGCGUUUUCUCAGUUCUGAAGCCUGCUACCAGGCAAGUUGCAACAGACGCUUAACCAAACUGAGAAAGAAACUUUUGUUCUUUGACUAAUCACUUUUUUUUUUUUUGAAUAAGGCAUUCCGUGACAGGAACCGUAAGAGUCAGUUCUUCAAUCAUUUGAGUGCGGUCAGUGAAGGCACCGAAGCCCUCCUAUGGGUUGGAGCGGUAAGAACGAAGUUUAUAUUUCUUUAAUUUCAGAUUUUUGUAUUUAAUGAGGUUAUUUUUCGGGGGCCUCCCAUAUGAAAGUGGCGGGGACUGCUCGGGGAAAUUUUAGAUUAAUUAAGAGACCAAUCUGGGCGUGGCCCAACCUUUUUUUACACCUAAAAGAGACAUGAUUCGAGGAAAGGACAUGAUUACAUGAUUCGAGGAAAUAAAACGUAUUGAAAAUAUACGGGAAUAUAUUUCUUCGCGUGCAACCCUAAAAGAGACUUUUGCGGAUAAAUAUUGGCGUUUUGCCCUAAACACCCUAAGUGAGACCAAAAUCCGAAAUUUACACCCUUAAGCGAGACGACGAGCAUCCCCGCUUCUUUUAUAUGGAAGUCCUCCCUGAGGGUUAUUUUCAGUUCACUUGACGCAAGAAAACAAAUAGACAGUUAGAAGCCUUUCACUGACAAAUCCCGUCUUCUCCCCCUUCAGAAAGAGGACGGUGUUAUGCAGCUCCGUCUUUCGAGCUUGCAUCUCUUUACUUAGCCUACGGCCCGCACCAGAAGUUAAUUUCCGUCUGUGUUCUUUAAACAUCCAGGAACAAACAAUCCGCGUCUUUUGUCGCGGAUUUGCCGCUCGAUUUUAAUCGCACUUUUUCUUGCGAAGAGAGAAAGAACCCUACUUUGCGUGCUCUGAAUCUUUAUAAUUUUCCUCACUGGGAUUUCUCCCAUGUCAUGCUCUGUUAUUUUUUUGUCUUUUUAGCCUGGCAAGCCUGACAUUUUUGUAAGAGACAGGAAAGAUGGCGCUGUUUUCUACACUAACCGCGUCCUGAAAGAUUUUAAACAGUAUGUCACAACACUAGAGCUUAUCAGUUAUUAUAAGAACACUUAAGGCUGGUUUUCACUACCGACGGAGUUGGAGUCGGAGUCGGAGUCGGAGUCGGAGUCGUAAGCGGAGUCGUAAGAGCUGUUAUGACCUAGUGAAAUCAAAAAUCGGAGUCGUAAGCCGAGCCAUAAGCGCGACGAAAUCGGAGUCAGACGAAUCAGAACGUUUCCAUUUCUUCCGACUUCGCUUAUGACUCCGUCGCUUACGCUCCGCUUAUGAUCUAGUGGAAACCAGCUUGUUGGAGUUGGAAGCAGAAGCGGAAGGAUAAACCAAUCACAAUGCACGUUCCCACGCUUCGGAAACGGAACGCUGUUUUCACUAGAUCAUAAGGUCCACGGUCCUCUACGCCUCUGAUUACGACUCCUUCGCUAGAGAAAAUCAGCCUUAACUUAGAAACUUCUAAAACAUGCACUGCCUGGCAUGCGCUUCGUAUUUCGCAUAGGGGCAAACGAGAAACGUGAGUGACUGACGACGAAGCGCAAUGGACCAUAGGAAGCAAAAAGAGCCGGAAGGCGUAGCCAGUUUUCUCCUUCUCGCCUUCCUUUGCGCCCAAAUUUUCAUCGAGAGAGAAGCGUCUUUUUAAGAUGCAGUCCAAAACAUCUCAGUCAUUUUUUUCUCCUUUUUAUUUUGAUUUCCUACAGGAAUCCAAAACACGCUGAAUGGGCCCAUUCGUACAUCGCAGCUUUAAUUGAAUUGCAGCAGUACUGUAAGGAGUUUCACCCCACUGGCGUAUCCUGGGCUGCAGAAUGA